AUGAAGUUUGGGAAAGAGUUUGAUGGGCAGAUGGUUCCAGAAUGGCAACAAGCUUACAUGAAUUAUCCUUGUCUCAAAUCCAUUCUUCAAGAAAUCAAGAACUCACGCAAAAGAUCAGGAACAUCAGGUGCCUUACAACCCAAGAAAUCUGUUCUCCGCAACUUCAGCGGUCUUACAAAGCGGUACAGUCGCGCCGCCUCGUAUCUGGAACCCGAAAACCAGGACAUUAUGGUGAGUACAAGGAUUGGUGAUGAUGGGUUUGAGAGAUACGAGACGACCAUCAUGAAAGUCGCUGAAGCAGGGAGAGAGUCAGAGCUUGUCUUCUUUAAAACCCUAGAUCUUGAGUUCGAUAAAGUGAACCGUUUUUACCGGUCUAAAGUGGAUGAAAUGGUGAAGGAGGCAGUGUGUUUGAACAAACAAAUGGAUGCUCUGAUUGCUUUCAGACUCAAAGUAGAACGACCUUCUUCUUCGUGGACAUGCUCUGAAACAGUAUCAGUUGACGUGGAUGCCUUGGAUUCCAAGGAACAUGGAAAGAAGUCAUUAGCUGAUGAUAUGGGAUCCAACGAUGGAGAUUCAACCAAAGAGAUAAGUGUUCUUGACCGUAUCAGAUUAAACAAAACUCAGGAAACUCCACUGGCCACAAUCAGAAACGUCCUCAAGCUAUCUAACCAAGAAGAGCUCAAAUUCACAAGAGAGAAUCUCAAGAAAAUAAAAGAACGGCUCAAGAAUGUCUUUAUCGAGUUUCAUCGCAAACUUAGACAUCUCAAGAAUUACAGCUUCUUGAACACCUUGGCGAUUUCAAAGAUCAUGAAGAAGUAUGAUAAGAUUUCUUCAAGAAAUGCAGCAAAACCUUACAUGGAGAUGGUAGAUAAGUCCUACCUCACUAGCUCUGAUGAGAUCAACAAACUUAUGGUGAGAGUUGAGUCUAUUUUCGUCGAGCAUUUCGCCAGUUCGAACCGAAGCAAAGGAAUGAAUCUCUUAAGACCAAUAGUGAAGAAAGAAAGACAUCGUAUAACGUUUUCAACUGGCUUUUUUGUUGGCUGCUCAGUCUCUCUAGUGAUUGCCCUUGCCUUGUUUGUCCAUGCUCGUAAUAUAAUGGGCACAGAAGGACAAAAACUCUACAUGGAGACAAUGUUCCCUCUCUACAGUUUGUUUGGAUUCAUUGUCCUGCACAUGAUAAUGUACGCUUCAAACAUAUACUUUUGGAAGAGAUACCGAGUAAAUUACCCCUUCAUAUUCGGAUUCAAAGAAGGAACAGAACUUGGUUACAGACCAGUCCUCCUACUAAGCUUUGGUCUCGGCACGCUUGCUCUAGCUGCUGUUAUAAUAAACCUUGACAUGGAGAUGGAUCCUAGUACUAAUGACUACAAGACAAUCACUGAACUUCUUCCCCUUUUCGUUGUAGCUAUAGUGAUGGCCAUUUCUGUUUGUCCCUUCAACAUUUUCUAUCGGUCAAGCCGCUUCUUCUUCCUAGCAGUUAUAUUCCGCUGCAUAGCUGCCCCCCUCUACAAGGUUAGUCUUCCGGAUUUUUUCUUGGCGGACCAGUUAACAAGCCAGGUUCAAGCUCUGAGGAGUCUUCAGUUCUACGUUUGUUACUAUGGUUGGGGAGACUUCAGGCUAAGAAGAAACACAUGCAGAUCAAGCGAUGUGUAUAGCACAUUCUACUUCAUCGUCGCUGUGAUUCCUUACUGGUCACGUUUCCUUCAGUGUGUUAGAAGGUUAAUCGAAGAGAAAGAUUCAAGCCAAGGCUUCAAUGCUCUCAAGUAUUUGUUGACCAUCGUUGCUGUGUGCUUGAGAACAGCUUAUAGCCUUAAUAGAGGAAACGUCUGGAGAAUCGGUGCAUGGGUUUUCUCUGCCUUGGCAACUUUUUACGGUACAUAUUGGGAUAUUGUGUUUGACUGGGGAUUGCUUCAUAAUCCAUCUAAAACUUGGCUUAGAGAGAAGCUUCUUGUUCCUAACAAAGCCGUCUAUUACGUUGCAAUGGUGGUAAACGUUGUGUUGAGGUUGGCAUGGUUGCAGACUGUUCUGGAUUUCAAUUCCUCGUUUUUGCAUAGAGAAACAAUGAUUGCUCUCCUUGCUAUUCUUGAGAUCAUACGCCGUGGUAUCUGGAACUUCUUCAGGUUAGAGAAUGAGCAUUUGAACAACGUGGGGAAGUUCAGAGCAUUCAAAACAGUUCCCUUACCAUUCAACUACGGCGAAGAGGAAGACUCGAGAUAG